AGCCGUUCUGGGUCAAGACGUUUCACUCGGGCACCACCCUCGAACGCGCACGCGGGCUGCGGCCGCGACGCAAUCUGCCAGUGUCCAGCACGCACUGGAAGCAGCGAUGGCCACCGACCUCCUGAGGGGAGCCGCGUCGACUGGCGAUUGGGCCAGGGCCGCGGAUUGGGCGCUGCGGCGCGCCCUGGCCACCGUGGAGGCCGUCCCAGUGGAGCAGGAGUGGCAGGAGUUGCGGGGACACUUGCAGGAGGCCCUGGAGGAGGCGGCGGACCCGCGCUCCAGGGCCGCCAGGGUGGCAGCAGCGUAUGACCUCCUGGUCGACCACCGGCGCCUUCCCGAGGAUCGCGCCGAGCACCUCGAGGCGGGCAAGGACGUGCGCGACGCGUUGAUCCUGUGCUGCGUGCAGAGCAUCGGGACCCACUCCGACUACACUCUCUUCGACUCGGCAUGCAGCGCGGCAUUCGGGCGACAGGUGCCGCGUACUCCGCAGCUUGGCCCCCAAGGCUCGCUGUACGCACAGCUUCAUCACAGCUACCAGCAGCUGUUCAAGCACGUCGAUGGCAGGUUCAUCAGCAGCUCGAAGUGGCAGGGCCGCAGGCGGGUGCGCCGCAGCGGCGCUCCCCCCGCGAACUGGGAGCCGGCGCCGGAGGCGGAGCUGGACGAGUCGGCCGGGGAGUCGUCGGAGUCGGCGCCAGCGGAGCCACCCGCGCAGUGGUCGGCAGGGGGCGCGUCCCCCGCGACACUGGGCGCGGCGCUGCCCUGCUGCGGGGCUGCCAGGCCCGCGCGCGUGCCAGUGGACCUGCAGGUGCCAAAGGAGUGGCGUCAGGGGGUGGACGACCUCCUCGAGGCCGUCGCGGAUCGCGGCAUGAAGGCCGAGGUCGUCCACGGUUCCGUCGAGCGCCUGGGGUGCCGCCUCAAGGAGAUUGACCGUUCCUGCUACGACAGCACGCCAGGCCAGCGCCUUUGCAGCGACCUGCUCGGGGCGCUGUCCAUCUGCCUGUGGCACGUUCCGCGAACCUGCCAGUGCAUCACCCUGCGUGCUUGUCUCACCCACGUCCAAGUGGGCCUAACGAUGCGGUAGUUGGCUGAUCCAGUCGAGAAGGCCUGCAAACAUAGGAGGAGAGAUGGGGGUAGGCCUGC